AUGUCCCCACGUAAUGGAGGCCGUAUAAGCAGAGUAACCCCUGAAGGUGCUGACCACGAUCGUAACAUUGACGAUAAAGCUAUCCUGAAGUAUAUACCACCCUGGACAACACCCUACAUUAUCGGGAUUGCUGGAAACUCAGGUCUGGGGAAGACAUCAAUCUCGCAACAAAUCAUUCAUAUGAUAAACCAGCCAUGGACUAUCCUUAUCUCGUUUGAUAAUUUCUAUAACCCGCUCCUGCCGGAAGAACGGGUAUUGGCAUUCUCGAACAAUUUCGACUUUGACCAUCCGAAUUCCCUCGAUUUGGAUUUGUUAGUUGCUACAAUCGACAAAUUGAAGCAUGGAGGAAGGGCAACCAUCCCAGUGUAUUCCUUCAAUUUGCAUAAUCGUACCUCGAAAACUAACAUAAUCUACGGCGCCAAUGUGAUCAUCAUCGAAGGAUUGUAUGCGUUGUAUGACCAACGAUUGUUGGACAUGAUGGAUUUGAAGAUUUACGUGGACACAGACUUGGAUAUAUGCCUUGCGCGACGUCUAACACGAGACAUAUUGUAUCGAGGUCGAGAUUUACCAGGAGCGAUUAAGCAGUGGGAGAAAUUUGUUAAACCUAAUGCGGUCAAGUUUGUCAAUCCCACGAUGAAAAACGCUGAUUUGAUCAUCCCGCGAGGAUUGGACAAUUCUAUCGCGAUAGAGUUGAUGAUUAACCAUAUUAAGAAACAGCUUGCGUUGAAAUCACGCAACCAUUUGUUGCAUUUGAAGCAAUUGGGUGUGGAUAUGAAGUUUGAAGUAGACAAAUACAAUAUCAAGAUUUUGGCCGAUACUAAUCAAGUGAGAGGGAUUAAUUCGAUCUUGUUUAGCGAAAAUACUUCUAGAAGUGACUUUAUCUUCUACAUGGAUAGAAUGUCAGUGUUACUUAUUGAAGUAGCACAACAAUUCUUUAAUGAAUACACAGAUGAAAUUAUACCUACCGGGAACAACAUGUCGUACAAUGGACUUCGGAUGAAUCAAGACUAUAUUGCCAUAACAGUAAUGCAGAGUGGUGACACAUUUAUGAAGUCAAUCAAGAAAUGUUUUGCUGAUAUCAAGCUUGGCAAGCUCUUGAUUCAAAGUGAUUCAACCACAGGUGAACCUCAAUUACAUUUUGAAUCACUUCCUGCAAAUAUAAAUGAGUACGAAUCGAAGAUCUUGUUAUUUGAUUCCCAGAUUAUAAGUGGGGCGGGUGCAAUUAUGGCCAUUCAAGUAUUGCUCGAUCAUAAAGUUGAAGAAGACGAUAUCAUUUUGGUAUGCUAUCUCGCUACUGAAAUUGGUAUUAGACGAAUAGUCAACGUAUUUCCCAAGAUCAAUAUCGUUAUUGGAAAAUUAUCCAGUAUGGAACCAAGCAACAUGUGGUAUAAUAAAGAAGGGUUCUUAGAUAGUCACUGGCAUUUCCGUAACAGGUUUAUAGACACAUUAUACUACGGAUCUGGUUGAGAUACAAAAAAAGAAUGCCAUUAUUAUGUAUGUACCUAAAACUAAUAAAAACACACAAACACACACACAUACACGUUACCCAAAUUUAAAAAUAAGCCCCCGAAUCAAACUAAAUAAAAAUCUCUAUAAUACUUUAGGUGCUUCAAACCUCAAAGCGAUGGAGUUUCGCCGUUUAUGAUUCCUGAACUUAAACGAAUGCAACAGCUUGUCAAUUUGAAUCAUAUUAUUGUCACCACCCGGAAUCCUGGAGUUAUCAUCUGGUUUGGUUAAAUCAGAAGUACUGAGGUUGCUAUAAUGAUUGGAACAGACGUUGUAUACUUCAUCAUUAAAAUUAUUCAAAUCACAAAUGGAAAUUCGGCGAUUGCCCAAGUGGUGGGUAUAGUUAUCUUCCAGAUUCAAAUUAGGAAGCGAAUGUGAUUUUACGGGGCCAUUUCCAAGACUGCUAUGACGACGACUCAUUCCAUGGUGUAGACGAUGCUGUAAAUGAUGACUAUGAUUAUGACGAUGGGGAGGAGGGGGAGAACUGUUAUCGGCAAUCACCAUGGCGGAAGCAUUUGGAGAAGAGCUACAUGACGAAGUCGACGAGCAUGGUGAUACUGCCACGGGGUUAUUAUAAACGAGGAAUGCAUUCAAGGGGUAGUUUGACCCAUUGGUUUCCAUGGGCGACUCUAUGGCCAAUGAACAUUUGCGUGACAUUAUGAACCAAAAUAAAUGGUAGGUAUUAUAUUAUCGAAGUCAACUUUGUAGUAAAAUGCAAGGUAUUAUUAUGAAGUAAAGUAACCGAAACCAAAUCAAGAAGUAAAAAUAUUAGAAGAGAAAAAA